GGUUUACGGAAGUGGAAUAAUAAGGAGCCCUUAUACAUUUGCGCAGAAAAAUAAAUGCCUUUAUUUGAAGCUGUAAGGUGUCCAGAAAUAGUUUAGGAAAAUGAUAAAUAGUAUUCAUUUUCGUAGACAGGUUGGUGCAGUAAUGGAAAUCCUAACUAAAGCAGCGAUCGCGGAAAUCGCCAAACUUGUCGAUGAUGGCUCUGCAGUUUUACGCUUGGAAAUGUAUCGGACCCAGAGUGAAAACGAAACGCUGAAAACGAAGAUACGGCGGAUGGAGAGCGACCUGGAAACGGCGCUGGGGCGCGGGAAGGCGGCCGGGGCGCCGGAGCUUCCCGGAAACACGCGAUCUGUCGGCGUUCAGGCUUUCGAGGAGUUUAAAGAAGAAAGACAACUGUGCAUUAGUAUGUGGAGAGAACAGAGGCCAACAGCCCAGAAUGAAAGCGAGCCUCUGUACACCACAGCUCCAGGGGUGGAAGAAGAGAGGCCUGAAACUCAUAUCAAACAGGAAAUGCUUGAUGAUGACUGGUGGAACAGUGACCCCCAGAGAUGGCUGGACGUCAACAGAGAGGGCCCUGCAGAAAAACUCCAAGAAGGUCAGGAUGCUGAGGAAGUCACGCAGACACCUGCAGAAGAGCCCAAGGUGCUCUGCGAGCCACGGGGGGCCGAGAUAAAUGAUCAGGAGCUGGAUGGGCUGCCGUUCGGGCUGAAGGCAGAGUCCUGGAAGGGAUGUACAGCCCAGAAGCAAAAUCUGACGGAACAGGAAUACAGAACAGGAAGGCUGAACUCUCUCACCACAGAAUAUGCCACGGAUGGGAAAGUCAGCCAGCUGUGGACUACCUUUGUGCAAGACAGCCGCACAGAACCUGAAUAUCCUCCACCGAAAUCGCAGGAAGACUUGCCGCUGCCCCCUGCUCUUUUUAACAACUGCGGCAAUCCGUCCUUGGCGGUCGAUGUGAAGCUGCGUUUCGGCACCUUCGAUUCGAUGGCGACGGACGAGGACGUGGCUGCGGCCCCUGUAUGUCGCGACGAGCCAAUACCACAGACGCGGCAGAGCAGAGGGAAACCGACUCCAGCGAGAAGCGUGGACGUGACGGUACCGGCCAGACAGCAGCAUUACGGGGGGCCAGCAAACAAAAUGACACCGAGCGAAAAUACUGAAGGUCUGGAAACGGACGCACCGAAUAGGUACGUACACAUGCUGAGCGGCACGAGUUUUAACAUGACGAAGAUGCUGAAGACUUGCCGAAAGGUGUGUACCGAGGAGAAACCGUUCAGAUGUUCGCACUGUGGGAGGAGUUUCAGCCGUUUGACCUGCCUUAAGAUUCACCAGCGGAGUCACACAGGGGAGAAGCCGUACAGCUGUCUCGAGUGCGGGAGGCAAUUUACGCAGCAGAAGAGCCUGAAAACUCACCAGAGCGUCCAUACGGGGGAGAGACCGUUCAGCUGCACGCUCUGCGGGAAGCGCUUCUCCCGGCAGGAUAACUGUACACGGCAUGAGAGGUUCCACAGCGGGAAGAAGCCGUUUAGCUGCAAACAGUGCGGAAAGUGCUUCACCCUUCAGAGUAAUCUUAAAACGCACCAGCAAAUCCACUGCGGGUUUAAUCGUUUCAUAUUUGCAUAAAGCGCUGCACUAAUUCAUUGUGUAUUAGACUGCCAGUUAUUACACUUGCCAUAUGACAUCUAAUGGAGAAAAUCCAGUGAAAAGCAGCCCAGAGGCGAUUUUUUAUUAUACAAAAAGAUCCUUUAUAUAUCAUGAAAUGAAGAUGCUGUAAUCUUCACUGAAUAAAUUUUUUUUUCCUUUUUUACCAAACAGUGAAGCGAAAUAGUUCGUUUCUAACUUCUACAUAAUUAUAUUUCGCUUCAGGGCUUUUGGGGUACCAAGGCAAUUUUAAUAUUGUACUCAACAUCUGAAUUUAUCUUUUUCAAAAGUCUACAUGGAAGCAAAGCCUCCGUUGUCUCAGUAUGAGUGUCAUUUGGUGUCAGUGGUAUAGAGGAUGGAUGGAUGGAUGGAUGGAUGGAUUUCUAAAUACCUUUUGCUUUUCACUUUCACUGUCCAUACAAUUGUGUAACAGAAACUGCAUAAGCAAUGUGAUACAUAAUUAACAUUUUUAUACCACUUGCAUUAAAAUCAGUUCUCAGUAAAUGCUGCAAAUCACAUCAAUGUCUAUUGUACAUCACAGAGGUCUAUUUAUAGUAACUAGACUAUUGAAAAUAUAAACUGUAUGGCAAAUAUUUAAUGAAUUAUUGUAUUUUCCACAUAUGACACAAUUUUACUAUUUAAAUGUGUUUGUUACUAAUAUUUAGAAUGCCCAAUUUUUUUUGCGGUUUCUCUGUGUGUGAACUUUUAUUACAGUACUGUAUGUAGCGCAGUUUAAAUCAAUAAAAAUGUUUCAGACAUUUAGGCAUAUUUAGAGAUGACUCCCCUCUAGUUCAAGCACAACGAAAUUAGGCCUAAUCAUCUUUUUGACUCAAAAAUAAAAUCUCAAAUGGUACCUUAA